GAGGUCCUCGGCCUCCCCUAGGCGAGGCGCAAGGUCUGGGGGCGGCGGGUCUUAGCGUGCCCGCCACGCUCGCCGCCUCCCACCUGCCCUGGCUGGCUGGGGCCCGACCCUUGCGUCGCUCCGGGGCCCAAGUUACGGACUCGGGGAUCCAGUUGCCCGCACCGAACAAACCCCUCCGCAGCCCCCGACCCUCCUCUCGCUGCUUUGGACUCUCCCGGCUUCCGCCUUCCGCAGCAGUCACGUGCCUCCGAUCAUGUGACCGGCGCCUCUGUCAUUCUACUGCGGCCGCCCUGGCUUCCUUUUACCUGUGCGGCCCUCAACGUCUCCUUGGUGCGGGACCCGAUUCACUUUCGGCUCCCGGAGUCUCCCGCCACUGCUCAGACCUCCGGACCUGACAGGAGACGCCUACUUGGCUCUGACGCGGCGCCCCAGCCCGGCUGUGUCCCUGGCGCCCCGGACCACCCUCCCUGCCAGCUUUGGGUGCGUUGUGGGGUCCCGAGGAUUCGCGAGAUUUGUUGAAAGACAUUCAAGAUUACGAAGUUUAGAUGACCAAAAUGGAUAUCCGAGGUGCUGUGGAUGCUGCUGUCCCCACCAAUAUUAUUGCUGCCAAGGCUGCAGAAGUUCGUGCAAACAAAGUGAACUGGCAAUCCUAUCUUCAGGGACAGAUGAUUUCUGCUGAAGAUUGUGAGUUUAUUCAGAGGUUUGAAAUGAAACGAAGCCCUGAAGAGAAGCAAGAGAUGCUUCAAACUGAAGGCAGCCAGUGUGCUAAAACAUUUAUAAAUCUGAUGACUCAUAUCUGCAAAGAACAGACCGUUCAGUAUAUACUAACUAUGGUGGAUGAUAUGCUGCAGGAAAAUCAUCAGCGUGUUAGCAUUUUCUUUGACUAUGCAAGAUGUAGCAAGAACACUGCGUGGCCCUACUUUCUGCCAAUGUUGAAUCGCCAGGAUCCCUUCACUGUUCAUAUGGCAGCAAGAAUUAUUGCCAAGUUAGCAGCUUGGGGAAAAGAAUUGAUGGAAGGCAGUGACUUAAAUUACUAUUUCAAUUGGAUAAAAACUCAGCUGAGUUCACAGAAACUGCGUGGUAGCGGUGUUGCUGUUGAAACAGGAACAGUCUCUUCAAGUGAUAGUUCGCAGUAUGUGCAGUGCGUGGCCGGGUGUUUGCAGCUGAUGCUCCGGGUCAAUGAGUACCGCUUUGCUUGGGUGGAAGCAGAUGGGGUAAAUUGCAUAAUGGGAGUGUUGAGUAACAAGUGUGGCUUUCAGCUCCAGUAUCAAAUGAUUUUUUCAAUAUGGCUCCUGGCAUUCAGUCCUCAAAUGUGUGAACACCUGCGGCGCUAUAAUAUCAUUCCAGUUCUGUCUGAUAUCCUUCAGGAGUCUGUCAAAGAGAAAGUAACAAGAAUCAUUCUUGCAGCAUUUCGUAACUUUUUAGAAAAAUCAACUGAAAGAGAAACUCGCCAAGAAUAUGCCCUGGCUAUGAUUCAGUGCAAAGUUCUGAAACAGUUGGAGAACUUGGAACAGCAGAAGUAUGAUGAUGAAGAUAUCAGCGAAGAUAUCAAAUUUCUUUUGGAAAAACUUGGAGAGAGUGUCCAGGACCUUAGUUCAUUUGAUGAAUACAGUUCAGAACUUAAAUCUGGAAGGUUGGAAUGGAGUCCUGUGCACAAAUCUGAGAAAUUUUGGAGAGAGAAUGCCGUGAGGUUAAAUGAGAAGAAUUAUGAACUCUUGAAAAUCUUGACAAAACUUUUGGAAGUGUCAGAUGAUCCCCAAGUCUUAGCAGUUGCUGCUCACGAUGUUGGAGAAUAUGUGCGGCAUUAUCCACGAGGCAAACGGGUCAUCGAGCAGCUCGGUGGGAAGCAGCUGGUCAUGAACCACAUGCAUCAUGAAGACCAGCAGGUCCGCUAUAAUGCUCUGCUGGCCGUGCAGAAGCUCAUGGUGCACAACUGGUAUGCCACGGCUUUUUGCUCACACUUGUACAUUAGUCUGAAAACUCUCACUUGCCAUUCUAAAAGUUCUUAUGUAAAUGCUUUGAAUGAUCAUUUUUAAAAUCAGUGAUUUUGAUUCAAAAUUUAGAAAUAUAUUUUAGUAAUUCAGAGCAAUGACACAUUAGUUUUAUAAAGACGGACUGCACUAAAGGUCUCAAGGAGUGUAUAUUCAAAAUAAUAAUUUCAAAAACGACUCCAGAAGUAACUAAAAGGACCUUGUGACAUAAGUCAGUCAGUCCUUUUUGGAGCUGAAUGCAGUUGGACUACUGAUUCCUUUAGAGACGCCACAAUUUUGCAAGGCUUACCUAUUCAGCAUAUGGUAAACUGGAUGAAUUUUACCAAUUCACAUAAAAACACUAAAAGCUGAUAAAUGAACUUAGAUUCAGCUCUCACAUUUCAUUCACUAUAGUUUUUGCUUUUGAAGUAACUAAAGUUAUGCUUCUUUAUUGCCUGUUUUUAUUUUUAAAAUAAAAAUUAGUGACUUUUUUGUACCCACUUAAAACAAGAUCAAUUAAAGAGUAACUACUUA